UGUUCCAGCGAAUGUUUUCUACUCUAGCUGUAAAAUGCUUCAAAGAUUAGCUGGAAGGAGGAUGAUUUCUAAUCUACUUUCUAAUAUGAAGUACCCAAUUGCACGAAAAGAUCCAUCGUACGUGGAUAAUUUCCACGGUGUUACUGUGGUCGAUGCAUAUCGUUGGCUGGAGGAUCCGAAUUCUGAAGGAACCAAAGCCUUUAUUGAAAAGCAGAAUGAGAUAAGCACGAAAUUUAUUGAGCAAGGGCAGAAAACGUCAAUUGAAAACAAGCUUACAAAGUUGUGGAAUUACCCUAAAUAUAGUUGUCCAGCUAAGCAUGGAAGUUUUUACUAUUUUUAUGUUAACACAGGACUGCAAAACCAAAAUGUGCUUUUCCAACAAAAAGAACUCGUUGAUGAACCGAAAGUAUUUUUGGAUCCCAACUCGUGGUCUUCUGAUGGAACUGUUGCAUUGUCUCAGAAGGAAUUUUCUGAAGAUGGAUCAUACAUGGCAUACGGUAUAAGCGAAAAUGGAUCCGAUUGGUUAAAAAUAAAAAUACGUGAUGUAAAUUUGGGAAAGGACCUAGAAGAGACACUGGAAAAAGUAAAAUUCAGUGAAAUUUCGUGGACUCUCGAUAAUAAGGGUUUCUUCUAUUCACGAUAUGAUCAGGCAGAAUGCACCGACGGCGCUGAAGUCAAACAAAAUGAGAACCAAAAGCUAUAUUACCACUACGUGGGAACAAACCAAGAUGAAGAUAUUAUGGUGGUUAAUUUUCCUGAUGAACCAUCGUGGCGCAUUCAAGCCGUCGUGUCUGAUUGCGGAAGGUAUUUGAUCCUGCCAAUAGUUAAAGGCUGCCGCGAUAACUUACUUUAUUACAUUGAUCUAAAUGAAUGUGAAAAAAUAAAAUCGGGUUUGAAUGUUAUAAAGGUGAUAGAUAAAUUUGAGAAUGAUUAUGAGUAUAUUACCAACAUCGGACCAAAAAUGUAUUUUAGAACAAACAAAAAUGCUCCUAACUAUAGAAUUAUUAUCAUUGAUUUGGAGAACCCACAUGAAGAACAUUGGGAAACCAUCAUUCCAGAACAUGAAAACAACGUUUUGGAUUGGGCAAAAUGUGUUGAUAAUGAUAAAUUGUUACUUUGUUACAUGCAAGAUGUUAAAAGUGCCCUUCAAGCAAAUUGCCUUAAAAGCGGAACUUUAGUUAAAAAUUUUCCUUUGGAUAUUGGUACCGUUUUAGCGGUGUCCGGCAAGAAAAAAUAUUCCGAAAUUUUCUAUAAUUUCUCAUCGUUCUUAAAUCCUGGAACAAUUUAUCAGUACGACUUUAAAAUACCAAAUAUGACACCACAAAUAUUUCGUGAUAUUAAACUACAACUAGAUGGCUUUAAUCAAAACAACUAUGAAGUAAAGCAAGUAUUUUAUGAAAGUAAAGACGGAACAAAAAUCCCAAUGUUUAUUGUAUGUAAAAAGAAAGAAAUAAUAGCUCCUCGACCGUGCCUUCUAUAUGGAUAUGGCGGCUUUAAUAUAAGUCUGCAACCAUCUUUUUCAGCUACAGGUUUAAUGUUUAUUGAUACAUUCGACGGUAUAUUAGCAUAUCCUAAUCUACGUGGCGGUGGUGAAUAUGGUGAGAAAUGGCACAACGCUGGACGCCUCUUAAAUAAGCAAAAUGUUUUUGAUGACUUUCAAAAGGCCGCUGAAUAUUUGGUUAGUAGCAAAUAUACAACUAAAGAUCGUCUUGUAAUACAAGGAGGUUCUAAUGGAGGGUUGUUAGUUGGUGCUUGCAUUAACCAACGACCUGAUCUUUUCGGUGCAGCAGUCGCCCAAGUUGGUGUAAUGGAUAUGCUGCGUUUCCACCAAUUUACAAUUGGACACGCUUGGUGCUCUGAUUACGGCAACCCCAAUGAAAAAGAACACUUCGAAAAUUUGUAUAAAUAUUCUCCUCUGCAUAACGUACAUGUCCCAAAAACGAAAUCUGAGGAAUACCCGUCAACUUUGAUUUUAACAGCUGAUCAUGAUGAUCGUGUGAGUCCUUUGCAUUCACUAAAAUUUGCCGCGGCUCUUCAGGAUGCAGUACGAGACUCGGUUCAAGAAAAUCCUAUAUUGUUACGUGUAUAUAGUAAGGCUGGUCACGGCGCUGGUAAGCCGACUUCGAAGAAAAUAGAAGAAGCUGCUGAUAUAUUGGCUUUUAUGCGUAGAACUUUAACGGUCGAUGAUGUAAAUCUUUAACAAUAUACUUUAUAUUUGUUUAUGAAAGAACACAAGGAAAUAAAUUAAAUCCACAUAUGCAACAAAA